AUGGCCCGGGAGUGUCCCCCGACUACUGUGGAGCCUCAGCUGCCGUGGAGGCUUGGAGUGGGAAUCGCGGGUGGGGGUGCUCCCGCGGACGUGGGAGUCCGGUGCGGGAACCGCUUCUCCCGCAGCCUCGCCUGGCCCUCUAGGGCGGGGGCCAGUGAUGAGCACCCAGUGGCAACGCGGUCGCGGCCGCGCCCCGGUGACCCCCCUCCUUUUCCACUGUCCCCGGAGCAAGACUCCCACAUCUCUGGGCCUGACCUCGAAUGCCUCCCCACUCUGGUGCCAGGUCCGGGUCCUUCCAGGAUGGGCUCGCGGACUUCGAUCCCCAGCCCUCGCGGAGGCACUGCGGGGAGUGAGACCCUGCGUACCCCGCAGCCCUGGCGGGUGUCGGGGAGGGAGGAGAAAAGAACCCCACAGCUCCUUUUAUCCUUGGCAGAGCAGCAGCAGGAAAAGAAGGGUGCCACAGACCUGUCUACAAACUACCAAAGCUCGGAGGACUGCCGCAGCGACGGCGGCAGCGGCAGCAGCAGCAGCAGCAGCAGCGCGGGGGAGCCUGGAAGCGCCGACAGCAGCUCGUCCCCGCACGCCCCCGAGCACGAAAUUCCCGAUCCUCGCGACGCUGAGGGCCCUAAUGAACACCUGGCGGCGACGCAGCGCCCAGUUGCCAGGUCUAAAAUCAAGUUCACCACAGGCACGUGCGGUGACUCAGAGGCCCACAGCUGUGACCUGCGUGGCAAGGGCUUCCGCUUGCAGCGAAUGCUCAACCGUCACCUCAAGUGCCACAACCAGGUAAAGAGGCACCUGUGCACCUUCUGCGGCAAGGGCUUCAAUGACACCUUCGACCUGAAGAGACACGUCCGCACACACACAGGCAUUCGUCCCUACAAAUGUGAUGUCUGCAACAAAGCCUUCACCCAGCGCUGCUCCUUGGAGUCCCACCUGAAGAAAAUUCACGGGGUGCAGCAGCAGUACGCCUACAAGCAGCGCAGGGACAAGCUCUACGUCUGCGAGGACUGCGGCUACACAGGCCCCACCCAGGAGGACCUGUACCUGCACGUGAACAGCGCCCACCCGGGCAGCACGUUUCUCAAAAAGACAUCCAAAAAACUGGCGGCCCUUUUGCAAAGCGAGCUGAUGUCCACACACCAGGAGAAUACCAACCUGAGUGAGGAGGAGGAGGAGAAG